AUGUCUCUCGAUGGGUCAUGGUUGUUUUUUAUCUCCCGGACACUCAUAUUUGUAUAUUUUCAACCUUAUAGCUACAACGUUGUUAUUCUGAUUCUUACCUACGUGCUACCAAUCACUUCGAUGACCUACACAUACUUCCGAGUAGGCCGAGAGUUGUGGGGAAGCCAAAGCAUAGGGGAAUGUACCGACAAGCAGUUGGAAGCUGUCAAAUCAAAGCGAAAGAUUGUGAAGAUGAUGAUCGUCGUAGUUUUUAUCUUCGCUGUUUGCUGGUUGCCCUAUCACAUCUACUUCUUGAUAGCUCACCAUCACCCGGAGAUCAUUAGCUCUGACAAUGUACAACAUAUUUACUUGGCAAUUUACUGGCUCGCCAUGUCCAACUCUAUGUACAACCCUAUCAUUUACUGUUGGAUGAACAGCAGGUUUCGUCAAGGAUUCAAAAGAGUUUUCCUAAUGUGUUCUUGCACUGGGAAAAUCGAGUCUAGGAGACUUUAUGACCAGCGCCACCGUGCGGCAGGUCGGUACAGCUGCUCAGAACCGUAUGUUGACACAAAAGUGACAUUCAACGGAAACUCCAAUGUGACUCUUCAUACUGUAACCGAGACCGUUAAUGGCAGUGGAAACUCCAAUACUCCUUUUCUUUCUCCAAAGUUCGUGUGUAAAAAAAAAGAAACAUUAUCAAGUGUGUGACUAGAUCCAAGUCACAUUGUUGUUCAACGUACACUUAUAUAAUUUUAGUUCAGUUGGAUCUCGUGUACAUGCAUAAUUGAGUAAACAUGUAUCAUUGUUGAACGUUUUUAGCUCCUGAACAAGACUUCCCUUUGUUAUUUAAAAUACUUUAUCACAGAAGAAAAUCGACAAAAAAAUAAAUAACACUUUAUUUUUUUGCUUUUGCUCUACUGAGCAGUAAUAUUAAAAAAAAAGGCAGAUAUAAGAAUCCUUAAAGCAAAAAGUAUUCAAACAAAGGAGUCAAGCGCUCAGAAAAUGUUUAACUUUUAGUAUCAUAAAAAAAACUGACCGAGAGUAUGCUUGGUUCCAAGAUAAAUUAUUGCGUAAGGUGUUUUGAACUUUUAUUCUCUUAUUAUGUACGAUUGGCUGGAAAUCCUUGAGGCAAUUAUAUGCGACUGCUCUAAUUAAUUGGUAAAGCCAUGAACAAGUCGUUGGGUCCAAAUACUUUCUGGCCCACAGUCUCAACUAGUUCUGGUUUCAGUACAAAAAUGAUGGAACCGGAAGUCUCUUUUAAUGAGGCUGAAAAAGAAAUAAAGUAUUUUCCUUGUAUAAUAUUGUUCUCUUGAGGGUGUGCUAGAAAUGGUAAUCAUUCUUUAGUGGUUAUUAGUUAUUGCUGCCCAGAAAUCGGUUUUGUAUUUAUCUAUUGGAGAUUCAAGGUGUUUAAUGACGGUUAUUAGAGGACAGGAAUGCUUGCCUAGAUACUGAUUCAAAGAUUUCUCGUUAAGAAGCGUGUUUAAAAUACGAUUUGAAUAAGCUUAUUCUGUUGCAUUCGUAGCCUGUCUUGGGUCUCCAGUUUUCCUAAUUAAAAGUUUGAUAUUUAGGAAAGAAGACCGUGAUAUAAAUUAUAAUUCUGUGUUUCAAAGUGUAAAUAUUUAUUUGUAAAGUAUAGUGUUCCUUGUUAUUAACAGCAUUAAAAAGUAAAACUUGAAAACUUAAGUGUUCAAUUACACCACUGAUAGUCGUAUUUAUAUAAGUAUAUAUAAUCGCUUAACCAUGCAUGUAAUAUACGUUUGUAUACACACACACACACAGAGAAAAAAAAGUUUUAGUUUUUGAUGGAAAUGCGGAAAGUUGAUAAGUGGGAUUUACUAGUUUGGUUGUUCAGCACAAAACUAUCUGUUCUCUGCCCACCACGGGUGUCAAAACCCGAUUUUUAGCGCUGUAAGCACACGCAAACUUACCGCUGAGCCACUGGGGGCCGAUAAGUAGAAAGUGCAUAUUUAACAAACUAUAGCUGGCUGUCUAAGCACAUAUAUGGCUGAUACAAAUACAAUGAUAGAGUUAUCAUCUUAAUUACAGUGUGGUUUUUAAAGAACCGUAGUUUUCCAAUAACAAUAUCAGAAAAAAUAUAUAUAAACUAGAAGUAUAAAUGGGCCCUGGGCGAAGUAUAAAUUAGUAUACAAUUUGAUAAACUGAACUUAUUAGUGAUAAAACAAGAGGGAAUCCUCAAUAGCCGCGGCACUUGAAAUUCUUUUAGGUAGGAUUAGAGUAAAAUAAUCUAUGAGACUGUAAUUAGAUCUCGAAUCGGCCAAGAGAUGACGAAGCUAUUAGCUAAAAGUUGAACUUUAAAAAGAAACUCGGAGCCGUUCUAUGAGCCAAUAUGACACGGCUAAAAAAUUAA